CCGUACCCAGUUCGUCUUUCCCUCCUCCUGUCGAUCGGGGCCAACCUUCUCACUCUUUUCCUUUCUUUUUCCUUUCUUCCUUCUUCUUUCCUUUCUUUCGUUUUUUCUCUAGAUUUCCACUCUUUUAUUGCGUCGGGAACGCACAUGUCUCUCAAGGCCGAGCUCGAAACCUGGGCCGCCGCGCUGAAGGCUUACGAUGAAGAGGAUUUUGAAAAGUCCCUUGAUCUGUUCUCUCGGAUCGGUGAUUCAUCCAAGAUCCAGACGAAUAUGGGCUUGAUAUAUGCGACCCUUGGGGAGCAUGAAGCGGCCGUUGAGCGGUUCAAUGAGGCCACCUCGAUGGAUGGUUAUCUUGCUGUGGCGUACUUCCAAUGCGGCGUGUCCAACUUCCUCCUCACUCGGUAUGACCUCGCAUACAAGGACUUUGAAGAGGCUCUCUUAUAUCUGAGGGGAAACCAGGCAAUCAACUAUGAACAGCUGGGGCUCAAUUUCCGUCUCUAUGCCGCUGAAGUCCUGUUUAACAAGGGCCUGUCACAGAUUUACCUGGGCCGUUUGGAUCCAGGGUUGACGGAUAUGAAAGACGCUAGCCGUGACAAGGUCACUGAUGAACAUAAGGUCAUCGACGAUGCAAUUCGGGACCGUGGCGAUGGAUACACCGUCUUUAGCAUCCCGGUUGGGGUCUUGUAUCGUCCGUCUGAGAAGAAACUGAAGAACGCAAUCACCAAGGACUACAUGGGCAAAGCGAAACUAAUCGCGGCUAGUGAUCCUGGUGACGCCUAUACUACGUUUACCGGCGUGACAUUACUCAAGCAGGGCAUAUCGCCGUCUGGUGUCUACAUCUCCCGUAUAAACACACGGAGUCCAGAGCCUGAAUCAUCUCUAAAUCGCAGUUUCACAGCGCCACCUACCGUGUCUCUCUUGCCCAAAUCUGACGACGAACCACGAGCUAACCUAACAAGAUCAAAGACCGCCCUUAAUGUCCAGUCAACUGCGCGCGAACUGUCGUUCUCUGGUCCAAGCUCAGCUCCGCCCAUAGUCAGAAGUAACACCGCCAUUGCCGGCAGUCGACCGUCGCCCGGUGCAGGUAUAGGUGCGAUUGGCGUCCCUGUGCGUGGCCUCAGUGUGCGUAAACCAGGCGUGUCGUCCAAUCCUGCAUCGCCGUCGCCUCCUCCCCCUGAGCCACCAGCCAAAGUUACUUCCCCCCUUCAGUCUCAGGGACUCCGACUAACGGAACUCUACGACGGGUACCUUGACGCCUAUACCUCCGAAUCCCCUGCCCCAGUACCAUCUAUGCAACCUGAUCGUAUCGCCGCUUGGGCCAGCAAGAACGCCAAUCCCAAUUAUCCACCUGUCAUUUCCCGGUCUGCCUCGCGAAGUGCCCCGGCGAGCAAUUACGCACCCAGCUCGUUCGGCGGGCCUACCAUGCGCAGGAAACUCACUAGACGUGGUACAUCCCGGCAGAUGAUGAGCCGGGCACCGAGUUCGUACGAGGAAGAGGAGGAAGGCUACGGGAGCGGGGAGUACGAGGAUGGACCGUUUGAGCUAGUCAAGAUCAGGGUCAAGCUCCACUAUGAUGACGAAGUCCGCGGUAUGGCUUUAUCGCCCGAGACAUCCUUUGACGAGUUCAUGGACAAGAUCGCUCUGAAGUUUGGGAAAGCUCUGAACAUGAAGUUCAAGGACGAAGACGGGGGCAAGGUGACGAUGCGAGAUGAGAGUGAUUACGACCUUGCUAUCGAGACGGCGAGGGAGAGCUCAAAGGGGAAGCCGGAAGGAAAGUUGGAGAUUUGGUGCACCGAUCCUUGAUGGGUAUAAAUAACGAGGGAUUGGAAGAUUGUGUCAUCAAUAUUUAUGCUGGAUCAGGGGGUGUACAGCUAGGUACUUUACAUUCUCGCAUCUUUAUAGUUUCACGCACAUCUACAACUUGCUUAUUAUCAGCGCCUCUUUUGGGUGUUGUCAUCUAUAGUUUGGUUCAUAUACAGAAUUUGUAACAAGAGUAUCUACACCUGCUUUCCGAGACCAUCUUUGUCUUACUUUAGUUUUCUACCUGCUGGAGUAUAUUAUGAAGGUUUCAAUCUCAUCUUUGCUUGCAUCUUCUGCCCUU